AUGGACAACAGCAGUGCGCAGUGGAUCUCUGGAGGAGACGAGGAGCUAGUAACUGUGGCCCCGACCAUCUUUCCUCGCUUUGGCUACAGUAUCAUCUCUUUUCUCAUGUUCAUCACCACCGUGUUGACAGUGUUCAAUAACGGGCUGGUGAUCGUGGUGAUGGUGAGGAACUGUCUGCUGCAGCCCAUGAACGUGCUGAUCCUGAGUCUCGCAGUGUCUGACCUCAUGAUCGGCCUGUGCGGCUCACUGGUCGUGACCAUCACCAACUACAGAGGCUACUUCUUCAUCGGGCACGCCGCCUGUGUCUUCCAGGGAUUUGCGGUCAAUUAUUUUGGUCUGGUGUCCCUGUGCACUCUGACCCUGUUGGCCUACGAGCGUUACCAUGUAGUGUGUAAGCCCAGGGCAGGGCUUAAGAUGAGUAUGAAGAGAAGCAUGAUGGGUCUGCUCUUCGUCUGGGUCUUCUGCCUCUUCUGGGCCAUUACCCCUCUGUUUGGCUGGAGCGGCUAUGGGCCGGAGGGUGUGCAGACCUCCUGUUCUCUGUCCUGGGAGGAGAGGUCCUGGAGUAACUACAGCUACCUCAUCCUCUACACUCUGCUCUGCUUCCUCAUCCCAGUGGCCAUCAUCAUCUACUGCUACUACAAAGUGCUAACACAAAUGAACAAGCUGAACCGAAGCGUGGAGCUCCAGGGUGGUCGGUCCAGUCAAGAGGAGAAUGAACAUGCCAUAACCAUGGUCCUGUGUAUGAUAGUGGCCUUCUUCAUUUGCUGGCUGCCUUACACCAUCUUGUCUGUGGUUGUGGUGGCAGAUCCAGAGCUCUAUAUCCAUCCUCUAGUGGCCACCAUGCCCAUGUACUUCGCCAAGACCAGCCCGGUGUACAACCCCAUCAUUUACUUCCUGUCUAACAAACAAUUUCGUGAUGCCACUCUGGAGGUGUUGUCCUUUGGAAAGUAUAUCCCCCAUGGUCCUGCCUCUUCUAAUAUCGUCAUGCAGCCGCUCAACAACAGGGAAACCCGGCUCCCUCUCACCCGCAACAUUCACAGCAGGGUGCUGCCUCUGUGACACAGGGACACAAUAUAGAUACAAUAGAGAUGUACAGACUGUGACUAUAGUCCCACUAAAGAGCAGGUGGGAC